GCUUGGGACAGGUUUAGUUCGGCUGCAGAGGCCGGUGUGUUAGCUUGGGCUUUAUUGGAAAAGUUGAGUGGCGAUACCCUGUGCGGGGGAGUAAUCCGCAGUUAUGAGAAAUAAAAUGUGAUUGAUUAAUGAGUUUGAUCGACUGGUUGUUUCGUGCACACGUUUGAACUAUAUUUUAUCGUUGCGCGAUAAGGAAUCAUGCCUCGAUACAUGUGUCGAUUAGCUACUGUUAGAGAGGAGUAACCCCGGUGCCUCUCCGUGAGCACCCAUUCAGGAUGUAUUUCUUUUUUGUUUUGGCCUCGCUGAUGGUUGCCAGUGCGCCAGGCGCGCUAGCAUACCUAUCAGCGGGCUUGAAGGAUCAGCUACUGUCGGACGUGCUGUUGCGUGAGAUAGUGGACCGGAUGGGCAAGGACAUCGCCGAGGCGGCCGACUCGUACAUCGACCCGAUGGACGAGUUCCCGGGCCGGUUGGCGAUGAUGGCGCGCGCUAGCAAGGAUCUGGAGUCGGAACAGCUGGACUACGAUGCGCUGCUGGAGGGUAAUCCGAAUCCUUCCCAGCGGGAUCAGGAGUUCCUGCAGCACAGCUCGCUGUGGGGUCACCAGUACGUGUCCGGUGGUGCAGGGGAGGGUCCCCAGCGACCAAAACCGCAGGUCAAGACCGACGCCAGCUUGCCGGCUUACUGCAACCCGCCGAACCCGUGCCCCGUGGGGUACACCGAGGACCAGGGCUGCACGAUGGACUUUGAGAACACGGCGGCUUUCAGUCGGGAGUACCAGGCGGCUCAGGACUGCAUGUGCGACGGCGAGCACAUGUUCAACUGUCCGGCCCCGCAGCAAAGCGAGUCCGGUUCUGGGCCGAUGGACUCGGAUCUGGAGAACUUUAUCGCGCGCCAGUUCCACACCCAGGAGCACAAGAACCUGGUCGCGAAGAAGUUCCACGUGAAGAAGAGUUCCAACCCAUUCUUGGAAGGUGAGAAGCUCCCGAUCGCGGCCAAGAAGGGCUUCCACGUGAAGUUCUAAGCGGACAGGACGCACGCAACAGUAGCGGCUCGACAAUCGGAGCUCCCGGGACAUCAACGAUGACGGACACCAGGCGCACCCACAACGGACUACGGCACAAGUACAUCUAGGUAUAUAUAUUUAUACUUGUAACUUUUUCUUAUGCAUACAGAUGUAAAUUACACUUACACUUUUGUAGUGGCUAAUGCAAACAUAACUACUACUAUUGCCAGUAGAAUAGCGAAAGUUUCCCCACACAAACAACAACAAAAAAUAACAAAAUUUCCAGUCUUCUGAACAAUCUUGAGCAUCAUUUUCCCUGCGAAAUUUUCGAAUCUUCGAAUCGAUGAGAACAUGCGGCACCAUGCCGAAGCACUAAUUGUGUGCUAUUUGAAACAAACAAACAAAAUAUUACUCUAUUGUUGGUGUUUAGCAGAGUAAGGAAUUUAUGGUAAGUUUUACUGUUCCAGGAACAACAGCUAAAUAGUGGACGUACUCCAGAAAUAUCUGAUGAUAGAGAUAAUUGUACUAACCGUCUCAUACUUAUUCAGAAUAUUGUUCGAAACACACAACAGCCAUACAGAGAAUAACUGAACUCUUCUAAGGAGAACAAGUCAGAACAAGCAGCAGAAGAACCGUAUAUGAGGAGGCCCCAAAUUCUGCAAAUUUGAGGAGAUUCUACGAACGACUUGGAGUUCGAACGUUUCAGUUCGAGUUGAGCUUUCGAGCAGCCCGAAACGUUUCAUUCGAGCACCAAGCUCGGUUCGGAGCACACUCCAAGAAGCGAAAGCUAUCCGCGGUGUUGGAAAGCUUUUAUGCUGGGAAAGUGGUAUGAAACAUGAAAGCUCUCCGUUUGAUAUGAAACGUACACUUUUAGAGACAUAUCAUGGAUAACAAAAAAGCUUCAUCUAAGAAAUAAUUAAAUGAUGUGUGAGCCGACGAUACCUCUGGCGGACAGGACAGACGCCGUCCCGGAAGUGGUUGACAACUUUUAGACGCUGCCGAAAAGCUCUCGACCCUGCGGGAAAAGGUGCAGGUUCUUCCGUUCGGAGCUUAUGUAUAAACGUAACCGGAAACGAUCCCAAGGCAACUUCGGUUCGUUCUCCAAAAGUAGUGAGCUGUAAAAUGCUUUAAAAGUAACCUGAAAGCUUAAACUUGAUGAUAUAAAUAUACAAAAUGAGGCAUUUAUUUUAUCACGACACUUGAAUCUAUAUGUAAUGUAUAUGAAACCCCUAAAAAACAACACAAAUCAUGUUAUUUUUAAACAUUUUAACGCAAUGAAGUGCAACCACACCUUCAUUCGGACACAGAGAACAAAGAGAACAAAACUACGUUUAAACGGCAAAAACUAAAUGCAAUCAAACGAAUAAUUUGGUUGAAACCAACAGAGAAUAACGACCACAACCAAUAAGAACGAGUGUAAAGCAACUUGAACCAAAAAGAAAAAAAAACAACAUCACAAAAAACAAGUCAAUCCAAUCAGACUAGAAAUUUGACUAUAACUUCUUCGCGCGAGUGUGUAUGUUUGGAAGCAAAUUGGCCUUUGGUUCGUGGAAUUCUGGCCACCAAUUUUCCAUCCCGGGGCCGAACCGAACCAAAGGUCAAUCGAAAACGUACAGAAAAUAACAACAACAAAAAAACAUUGACACAAACAAAAGAAAUCAAAGGCUCAGCCAAAGUAAAAGUGUUUUCCAACUAAAAAAAAGUGGGCUAGAGCAGAUAAAUUUCGAUUGAUAAGAAUUAGAAUAGAAAAAACAAUACACAGACAAUAUGCAAACAAAAACUUGAGCAAAUGAAAAGAUAACUGACAUUAAAAAGCUACAGAUUAAAGUAACACAACAAACUAAUCAUCUUUGGGCUAAAUUUCAACGAUAAAGUUCUGAGUAAUGAAUCUAGCUUAACAGUCUCUAAACUAGUGGAUAACCAAUUCCAGUGGAUAAAAUCGUAAUUGAGAUAACCAGUGCAUUGAUAACAUCUGGAUGAGAGCAUAUUUAUCAAUUAAUAAAAAACAAAAUCAAAAUACAGUUCGUCAAAGAAAGCAACAACUGCUCUUAAAGAAAGAGUAAAUGAAGUUUAAUAAAAAUCAUCUCAAUUAUUUCACAUGCUUCUACAAAGUUAGUUUAAACUAUUAUUUAAGACAAAUUGUUUGGUUCCUUGAAAACACAAAAAAAAAAACACAGAUAACAUCACUGUGUGCAUACGUUAUGAAGACGAUAACCAUUCCAAAAUUAGUACCAUUUAAUGGAAGCAUAUACACAAAUAUAUAUAUUUAUUGAAAUCCUUGUCUCAAAAUUUCAACUAUCAAAUUACACAGAAAAAAUAACAAAACAAGCAAAAAAAUAUAUAUUAUAUUCCACAACCAAAACUCUAUGAUCGCAUAGAACAAAAUAAACAAAUCAAUGAGUGUAGUAUUUCUGCAAGGUUGGCGUUUUUCUUUUAAGUUUUCUGGUUUUCCGAAAUAAAGUGUGUUGUACAGAGAAGCGGA